AUGGCUACAGUAGCCCAGAAGCACUUUUUGGAAGGGCAGACGUACUCGGUCCCCCUGAUCCAACCAGAUUUUCAGGUGGCAGAUGCACUUCAGUAUCUGCAAAAAGUGUCGGGCGAUAUCUUCAACAGGAUCUCUCAGCGGGUGGAGGCCAGCCGGGCACAGCUUCAGGCAAUCGGUGAGAGAGUCACGCUUGCCCAGGCGAAGAUUGAGAAGAUAAAAGGCAGCAAGAAGGCUAUUAAGGUAUUUUCCAGUGCCAAGUAUCCAGCCCCUGAACGACUGCAGGAGUACAGUUCUAUUUUUGCUGGUGCGGAAGACCCAGCUAAACAGAAAUGGCCAAGACACAAGAUUCAGAGCAAACACAGAGUGCUGGAUGAGAAAGCUCUGCAGGAGAAGCUCAAGUAUUUCCCUGUGUGCGUGAGCACCAAAAUUCACCAGGAGGAUGAUGCAGAAGAAGGCCUUGGCAGCCUCCCCAGGAACAUCAGUUCCCUCAGCUCCCUGCUGCUCUUCAACACCACCGAGAACCUGUACAAGAAGUAUGUUUUCCUGGAUCCUCUGGCUGGAGCAGUGACUAAGACCCACGUGGCUCUGGAAACAGAGACGGAAGAGAAGCUCUUUGAUGCUCCUCUCUCCAUCACCAAAAGGGGACAGCUGGACCGGCAGAUAGCUGAAAAUUACUUCUAUGUGCCAGAUCUGGGCCAGGUCCCCGAGAUUGAUGUGCCGUCCUACCUGCCAGACCUGCCUGGCAUUGCUGCAGAUCUCAUGUACAGUGCCGAUCUGGGCCCUGGCAUCGCACCAUCUGCCCCUAGCAGUGCUAUUCCAGAGCUGCCCACGUUCAACACCGAGUCGGUGGAGCCUUUGCAACCAGACCUUCAAAAUGCUGAGCUAUUGCCGCCACCGCCACCUCCC